CUGCUAUGUCUGCUGGGGAAAGAAGAAGCGCUCUUUCUCCGUCCGGGUCGCCACAACACAAAAACCACGUAAAAUUUGGAGAAGGAGUAAACACUGAGCCGAAACCAUUGAGGGCUGUAUCGCCUGCACCAAAACCUCAUGAGGUGACAGCUCCUCCCCCUCCACCAGGAGCUAUAAAAGACGAAGUAGAACUUUUGCGUGCAGGAAACGUUAAUAAACACGGGAAUCGCGUGAAAAGUGGAUCUAAGGAACAGACAUAAUGAUAGGUACUGACUGAUAUAAGAGAGAAAUCUGUCAAUGUACAAAACAUUCCUCAUUUGGG